GAGAGGGGAGGAGAGAAGAAGGAUAUAGGGGAAAACAGCAGAGAGGUAAUGAGCAGCGAGCUGCUGGAGUAUUAGCUGUCAGUGCUGAGCCGAGCUGAGCUGCGGGCUGAUCUCAUUAAAGGAUGAAGCGACCGUUGCGACACGGUGUGUGCGGAUCCUGAGGCUCCUUGGAAGUGUGUGUGUGUAUGAGAGAGAGAGAGAGUGUGUCAUUGACUUUCUCAGCUCUGUCUCUGCUCCUGCUGCGUCGCUCGCGGGAGUGUGUGUGUGCGCGCGCGCGUGGACGUCUCUGAUCCCCCUUUAGCCCCUCCUAAAGCCUGUCGCCACCACAACCAUGGACUGCGGACUGCGUCUGCCGCCUGUCAUCGAGGAGGUCAUGGACCCUGCAGAUGACCUGUGUGAGUUGAAGACGGAGAGGCCAGGGAAUGUGCUGACAGCUAAAGAGAGGGAAUCUCUGGAGGAGAAUGAUGAGAAGGAGGAGAAGGAGGUGGAGGUGGGGAACGGAGAGAAGGGAGUGGAGGAGGGAAAUGGAGAGAAGGAGAAUGUGAUGGUGCUGGAGGAUGAGGAGGAGGUGGAGGAGCUUCGAUCUCAGGUGGUCCAGCUUCUCCUGGAACUGGAGGAGGCCAGAGAAGUGUCCCAGCGACACGAGGACAGCUACAGCGAGCUGCAAGGUCUUUUGGAAGAAGAACGUUUAGCCAGCGCCCACCAGGCCGAGAGCUUUACCAGACAGAUCCAGAAUCUUCAAGCCCAGUUGCGUUCAGUGCAGGAAGAGCUGGACAGUCUGGAGGAGGAGAAGGCCAGCGAGCUGUGGGAGGCUCAGGAGGAGCUGCGUGUGGCGCAGGUGGAGGUGCAGGAGCUGCAGCAGGCGGCGGAGGAGGCGGCGGCGGAGCGGGAGAACGACAUUGCGCUGCUGCAGGAGGAGCUGUGCAGGCUGCGGGCCGAGCUGCAGAGACUCCACUGCACCACACAGGAGUAUGAGCUGGAGCUGACCACGCUGAGGGCUGAAAUCAAAAUGAAGAGCCAGCGCAGGAACGAGCAGGACCAGGCAAACACUGAGGGAGAAGUGGGGCAGCUGAAGGAAGAGUGUCGCUCUUUGAUGGAUGAGUGUCAGACGCUGAAGAAAGACAACAGGGAGAUCUCCGAGAAACUGCAGCAGAUGGAGCUUCAGAAAAACAGUUCUAAUGACUCCUACUUGGCCGUGCGAGGCUCAGGACAGAAGGAGGAAGAAGAGAAGGCGGUGAAGGCUGAAGGCUACAUGAGCAUGUUGCAGUCCACUGGAAAUCCUGCACAGAGGAGUGAGGGACAGUCUGAGGUCUUCUCUCUCAGAAACCAACUCAAACAAGCUGAGGAAAAAGCCUCUCAGGUCCAGAGACAGUGUGAGGGGUUGAAGGGAGAACUUCGGGAACUACAAGGUCUCUAUGAGAGCAGUCAGAAGGAGAGGGCGGAUCUGGAGGCGGAGCUGCAUCGCUGCAGGGCGGAGCUCGACAGGCUGGCAGGAAGGAAGGCCCAGGAGAGAGAGGGGGACUGGAACCUGGUGAUGGUGGUUGCCGUGGCAGCAGCAGCGGUUUUGCUCGUGCCCAGUUUGACCAGAGCUUUUUCUUGAGUUUUGGACAGGAAGAGACCUCAUCCUUCAGUGUGAUCUAUACCUGCUUGCUUCUGUUCUCUGUUGGACAUCUGCACACACACACACACACACACACACACGCACACAUACACACAACUUCCAUAACCACAAAUGAGGAACUUUUCCUGAAACGGAUAUAAUUCUCGCACAUAUAACACACUCGCCUCCAAAUUCAGUGCUUUUGUUCCUUGUCUUGCUGCUCUGGUUGUGUGUGUGCUCUUCUUGCUCUAUCGUCCUCCAUGAUUCUAUAGACAACAGACACAGCCCAGUUGAUGAACGGUGGGCCGGACGUGGGCACAGUGCUGUGGGCUGUGAUGCACCGCAUAUGCUGCGCUGAAGCACACAGAGAUGGAAAGAUACAGAAAAUGUAUUUUAAAAAAGGAUAAUGCGUGUCCUCUUUUAAUUUAUCCAUUUCUUAUUUUUGCUAAGGUCCUGUUUGCCUUAUUUUUCGACUCUUUAAGCAAAUGGAUCGCUUUCUGUUUCUGGUUUAAGUGCAUAUAAGUUUCCAGUCUUAAUCAUUAUUGCUUUAGAUACAGUCUCUUGCUUCAGUCUCGCUGCUUUUUUAAGAUAUGGCGCGGCAGCAUGUGACGUGAUCGUUAUCUAAGCGUUUUGUCACUUUUAAAAAAUCGCUCGUUCCACUGGGGAACCCGUAAAUCUUUUAGUUAAUCGUUUAUUAGCUUUAACUCAGUGAUGACUCUUUGUUUCUAGAGCUUGUGUCAUACCGUUUCACCUACUAUUACUCUGUAAAUGUAAUCAAUCGUACUACACCUACAGUAACUGUGGUUUGACUAAGUUCGUAAAGUGUUUUAUUUUUUUUACAUAGUUCACAGGUGGGAGCACGGUUUAUUGUGGAGGUGAAAUAAUAAUGCAGACAGUAGCAAGAAAUGUCGUUAUUAUGAUUAUGACAAAGACGUUAGUUCAGGAUUAACUAUGAACAACAGUUGUGGCAGUAUAUAUAUAUAUAUAUAUAUAUAUAUUGCUAACUAAACUCCUGUAUAAAAUGUAUGCUCACUUGACAGUCUCAAACGCUUAAAGUGGGAUAGAUAUUUUUGUAUAUGUGUGUAUAAUCAAAUGAAAGUGAUUUAUUGAGAAAUGAUAUAGAAGAGAGAGAGAAACAUAUUUUUGUACACAACUAAACUACAGUUCAAGCACCAGUGUUACUUUCUGAGUGGUAAUAUUGGUUGGUAGCUAAGAAUUACAUUUCAGAGCAAAUGUUCUUCUUUAAAAGCUGAUACAGUGCAUUUCAUAAGUAAUUGUGGGACAAGUGGGACAGUUUCGUUGGUGCUGGCAUUUGUGAGCAUUUCAGCAGAAUGGAUCUGAACUAAAACAAUGAGUUGAAUUUACAUGUAAAAAUAUAUUAGUGUUAAUUUUAUGGAAAGGCCUGAAACAAUACAUUCUAAGCACGAAUUUACAGUAUUAUAAAAUUACUAUUAUACUUUUGUAAUGUUGACUGCUCUAUUUAAAUGAAAAUUGAUAUAUCAGCAUGUGAACAUAAGGCAGAUAAAUAUAUAUAUAUAUAUAAAAUAUAUAAUAUAAUGUCUGUAUUAAAUCCAGCAUUUUACAGCAUUUCUAUUUCGUGAACAGUGUUUUACUGGGUGAAUCUCAGCCCUGGGACAGCACAGGACAAUCAGAUACUCUGUUAAGCUAACAAAAGGAUUCUAGAGAUUCUAGAUAGUCCAUUUGCUUUUUAUAGGUUUAUUAAGGUUUAUAAGGUUUAUUCUCAAACUGAUGACCAAAGAAGAAUUAAUUCGUUUAUAUGGCAGCAGACCUUUAUUAAGCUGAAUAAAUCAGUCAGAAACUAUUAAUAGUGUAUUAAAACAUGCUCUAUUAAAACAUACUCUAGUAAAACAUGUAGUCACCGACAGGAAUUAGAACUAUUUUUGUCCUAUACUGUGUAACAUAUCCCAUAUGAGCUAAAGGAUGCUUCUCUGACCUGUGGGAUAUGCAAGUAUGUAAGCCAACCUACAUUGAAUGUGAUUAAACUUGAUUUCUGAGUUGUUUUUCAGUACACAUGGACAGUACUAGCCAGACACGACCGGUCAUGAUCAUUACCACCCACUGUGCUGUCUACUGUGGGUGGUAAUGCCUUCUAUAACAUAUUCCAGCUGCAUUCGUCCAUCUGGCACUCACUAUCAGGCCUCUCUGAACUCUUAAAAUUGAUCAUUUAUGUUGCUUUACCAUGCCUUUCCAUUUCUGGUCUGCUAAUGACAGAAAGAACACUUUUUAAAGUACAGGAAUAGUGAAUGACUACCAUAACAAGAUUAAUACACCAGCAUAAACUCUAGGAAAACCACUUUAACACCAAUAUAAAAGCAGAUACCCUCACAUUCAAUAUCUUUUUCUCUUUUUCACCAAGUCAUUGGGGCCUUACAUCUUAUACAGGUGUGGGCAUUCCCACCUUAUGGUCAAUUUACAUACUGCUAUCCCGUGACUUUUGACAUGUCAUUGUACAUGUAACCUCAGCAAUUGAUUCAGCAAUACCAUGGAAAACCACAGCAAUGGAUGAGUAGAACUUUUCUCCAUUAACUUCCAUGAUAGAAACUCUGUUAGUGACAGAAAUAACACUUUUUAAAGUACAGGAAUAGUGAAUGACUAUCAUAACAAGAUUAAUACACCAGCAUAACCUCUAGGAAAACCACUUAAACACCAAUAUAAAAGCAGAUUUCCCUUUUCAUCAAGUCAUUGUUUUAGUUCAGUUCCAAAACCCCACAGCAACAAAACUGUGUCUCGCUACAAUUACACCCAAACUGCACUGUACGGUUUAUUAAUGUCAGUUCUGCUAACAGUAGCAUACACAGACUGCUUCACAUCUACCUUCAGGAUCUUUUAGGACACAAUGUUCUCUUUUAACUUUUAAAGCAAACAUUAAAUGAUGCAAACGAUAAACCAGAUCUAUCCAAAAAUCCUCCUGAAGCUGGACUCUUAGCACUUGAUGCAUGAAUGGUGUAGCUCACACGUGUAGCACAAAACACUAGCUUUACCUGGCGUAUGCUGACAGAUACACAAAUUAUGCACUUUCAGUCUUCAAAUAUAUUUAUGUUGGAUUGAAUAUAUCCUGUCUUGACCAACAAUUAAGAGAACAGUUCAUGCAAAGAAGCUAAUGUUGCUAACAGUGAAUGAAAGUGAAUAGCCACCAAGAUACCACAGCAUUAUUGAAAAUGAUAUUGAACAUCAUGCUAAUUGGUAGUAUCGGACCAUAGCUAUUAGAUGUGGGCCUUUAGUCUGGGCCAUAAAUAUUAAAAAUCAAGUCAAAAUUCUAUCUUUCCAAUAGAAUAUAAUGGCUAAGCUAUAGUCAGUGUUUAUGAUCAUUUUGGGCCAUUUUAAAUUAAAUAAAAAAAACAUAUAACUUUAAAUAUGUUUGUAUUUAAAGACUUUAACAAAAGUUAACAUACCGUAUUUUUCCACUGUAAGGCGCACUGUAUUAUAAGGUGUGCUAUUAAUAAACGUCUAUUUUCUAGUUUAGUUUCAUACACAAGGUGCACCGGAUUAUAAGGCGCAUUUUAAUAGACACUAUAAGGAACUUCUAAUUCAGCAGGUCUCGUCGUAGGGGGGUGGGGGGCGGUGGUAGCUAACUAAGUUAAGUAAAGCUAAGCUAGGUAAACAAAACUGUAAUGAAGACUUUCUUUUCAAGUCAAAUGAGGGCUAGAUAUUAAUCUACAGAGAUUUCUCUCCUGAAGAAUGUUUAAUUGGGUGAGUAAAGCGCUUCCGUUUAUUUACAGUAAGCUUAGAUUCUCAAAUUUCUCCAGCACUAAGGCUGAAGCAUUAGCAUUAGCGGCUAAUGCCCCAGACAGCGCUACACUAGCUAAUAUAAUGUGUUUGAUUUUCUGCCUUUCUUUUGAAGGUCAGACCAAUCAAUGAGCUCACUUUGCACUUUGAUUUGCUUAGAUAUCAAGAUAGAAAACCUUUUUAGCACAAUAUUCUGUUUAAUAUAAAUUCCUGAGUUUCCUAAAGGCCUAAAAAUCUUCUUCUUUUAGGGGUUCUCCAUUGGUAAUUGGUGGCUACUGGCUUCCGUUCCUUGUUAGCAUAUCUUUCACCAAGCUAUCUCUAUGCUGAUCUUGAUGUUAUUUCUAUAUUUGAUUAUUUAUAAUAUUAUUGUUAUUAUUUUUGUCAGUUCAUGGCUUAUCCAUCAAUAAGCCUCGUUCCCAAAUUAAAAAAUGUAGCUGAAGAAGAACUAUGAUAAUGCACCUGACUGAGGGGUUUUGAGAGUGUUGGUGUUUCUGUGCCUCUUUCCACUUCCACACGGCUUUAAAGCAUAGAAAAGAUGCUCCAACUUGAAAUCGAGUUAGACGUGUUGCUGUACUUGGGUUAUCUACAGUCUGCCUAGGUUGUCGCAGUGCUGUCUUCCGGUAUCUUGUGGAUCUGCUAGCGCAGCUGAAUGUGUAUCGAUGUACUAAGGGUUAAUGACUUUAUAGGACAAUGCAUGCUACACAGUAAAGCUUAUUUUCUAUCAAACCGUGGUCUUUGUACUGUAUAGUAAAUAAUUCGUUAGGUCUACAGCUUUUGGUGGGAUAUACUGUGAAACUAGACGCGAAGCCUUCAAAUCUAAAGUCUAACAUUGCAAUCACGGAGCAGUGUGGGAAGUUAUGUAUAGUUUUUAGAGUAAAAUGAACACAGCUGGCAGCCUGAUAGGCUCGCAGUUUGUGGGCAAUUGUUCAUUUAUGUAAACCACGUCAACGUGUUUGCAUGGUUCUUACUGUAGCUCUGCAUGUAGUUUGCUGGUAGUAGAUACAGUAAAAUUUCCUUUUCUUUUUCUUUUUUUUAUUAACCUUUGGCAUUGAACACUGUUUUUUCAGGACAGUGCAUGAGUCCAAUUGCCUUUCCUAAAAUUGUUGUUACAAUUCCAAUUGGUUCCAUUUGCAGUUAUUUACCCUUUUAACAAAUUUGGCUUGUUAAUAAGGUGUAAUCAGUUAUGUCUAUGUUCUGUAUUAUUCUGUGUUCUCUCUGUGUGUAUUUUUAUAUAUAUCUGUUAAUCGGCUGAAUGAAACCUUAAGAAAUUGUACACUUCAGUAAAUCAACAUUACUCACAGUUUAUCUAAAAAAAAAUCUGACUGCUUUCACCCAAUUUAGGCACCUUUAUUCAAACAAAUACAGUUCCACGACUUGCAUUAACAACAUAAAAAGAUAAAUUAGUCAGGGUUCAGUAGGUCAAAGCAAAUAUUUGCCAUGAACCAUCUGACAAAUGUCUACUGGCUUCAACAGUGUAAACUUGUGUAAAUAAUGUUACCCAAAAAGAUGUAAGCAUGGAUGACUUGUGUGUAUAGCCUGUUGCAUUAAUUUAACAGUAUUAUACUUCUGUUUUGGUUUACUCAGUGUCUUUAGAUGAUAUAUAAAAGUCAUAUGGUGAAUUCUGAAUAAUAAGGUGUUUGUUUUCUCACUUUUAAGAGUUUUAUGUCCACUUUCUUCCAUUCAACUCAAAUGUCUCUGUUCUUUUCUGUUCAGAUGUAAAUGAAAGUAAAGUAUGGCUUUAAAUGGAUCCGGUUUGAGAGAAAGAAACUGCAAAAAACACAUCACACUAGUAAUUGAUGCUUUAAUCAGAAUCUGGCAGAUGAAAGUGUAUUGAGAUGUUGGUAUGUGGCUUUGUGGAGAUGCUGUUGACUGUCUCUGUGUGAUAUAGGCCUAACUGUAUUGUAACGUUGUUAUAAGCCUUAAAAAGGCAUUUGUGCAAAAAAGACAAGAUGAGAAAAACACCAAGACUUACAGUAUUUUGGUAACCUGACUGUACAUUUUGUAAAUGAUCUGAAAGAAAUAAAGUAGUUUAUCCAUGCA